AUGAUAGAGAAGAUUUUAGUAUUUUUAUCAGUAAUAUUAGUUAUCAUAUUUUUUCCAUUUUCUCUGCCUUGCAUUUUUAUAAGUGUCCGCCAAUUUGAACGCAUCGUAAUAUUAAGGAAUGGCAAAAUUCUCGAUAACCGAUGUUAUGGCCCAGGACUAAUCUGCUACUUGCCUUGUAUUGAUAACAUUAAAUACAUAGACCUUCGAAUCAUGUGCCACGCUCUGCCACCGGAAGAAUGUUUAACCAAAGACUCUUUGACUCUAACUGUGCAAGCGGUUGUGUACUUCAGAGUAGUAGACCCGUUAUGGUCGAUAAUUAACGUGGCGGAUUUCAGUAUGUCUACUAAGUAUUUGGCGGCAACUGCUCUUCGAAAUACUAUCGGGAGACAUAGACUAUCAGAACUUCUCGUCAACAGAGCAGAGAUAUGUUCUGAAGUUUUAGAGGGUAUGAAACCAUUAACAACUAAAUGGGGUGUUUUUGUCAUAAGAAUUGAAAUGAACAACCUAUCAAUACCACUCCAGUUAAAACAGGCUAUGGCGACGGAAGCCGUGUCAUUAAGAUUAUCGAACGCCAAGAUCAUGGUGGCCCAGGCCGAAAUAGAGUCAACCAAAAGUCUGGAAAAGGCUACAUCUAUGUUGAUGGACAAUCCGCUUGGCAUGCAGUUGAGAUACUUACAAUCACUCCAAUCGAUCUCUGGCGACAAAACUCAUACAGUAGUGUUUCCGUAUUCAAAAGAAAUGUUGCAGAAUCUGUUUGGUCAUAAGUAA